AUGCCUGUCACUGGUCACUGUCUCUGCAAGGCCGUUACUUACUCCAUCGACGUCGACAAGCUCGGCCUCGUGGCGUACGAUCACUGCGAUGAUUGCCAGCGCCAGAGCGGCUCCACCUAUUCUCUCGUUACCGUCGUCCCAAAGGAGAAGCUCACCAUCAAAGGCCCGAUCAAAAGCUGGGCCGGAAAGGGCUCCUCGGGCAAGCCCGUCCACCGUGUAUUCUGCUCCGAAUGCGGGUCGCCCAUUGCCCAUGAUCCUGAGGCAGCUCCGGAAAUAAUUGCUAUCAAGGCCGGGACGUUGGAUACAGAGAUCAAGAAGACAUUGAAGCCGGACACCGAAAUCUGGACCGUCAGCAAGCUUCCCUUCUGCCAGGAGCAUCUGGCUCAUCCAUUUGAGCAUAUGCCUCAGUAA